CAACACAAUAAUGAGUAAACAACAGACAUUUUUGUGUUCAGCGCUGCUGCUUUUGCCAUUGUUGAACUUGGUUAUAUGCCGUCAUCCAUUUGACUUCUUUGACGAAAGCUAUGAUGAAUUUGUGGACUGUCUAAAUGCUAAUAAUCUGACACACGAAGAGUAUGAAAAGUUUGAGUCCUUUGAGAAUAAAGCGAACUUGCUUAACGAUAAAGUUGAACUCAAAUACAAGUGCAGCAUUGACUGUCAACUGCAACGGCAACCUCAAAAAUGGUUGAACCAAGAGGGUCGCUUGGACCUGCAACUAAUAAAUGCUACACAGGAGGCAGCCCAGGCUAUCAUCAAGUGCAUGGCAGGUGCACCUAAUGAACAGUGCGCCUACAGCUUUAAACUGGUUAUGUGCGCCUACCUGGCCAAUCAUCCUGUGAUUGAUUAUGAUGAGGAUGAAGAUAUAGAUGAGCUGCCGGAUGAUUAUGAUUAUACGGCCACCACGCUGGGCAGUGAUUAAUAUAUAAAAUUCAUUAUUAUUUUAUUAAUAUUCUUAGAUACGCUCUAUGUUGAAAACAGUUAAAAAUGUGCAGAAAAGUAGAAGCGCUAAGCCAACAAUUUUACUUAUUAGCUAUUCAAUUACCAUAGUUAUUAAAUCACAUCAGCUUCAUAAGUUGAUUUAAUGUUUUAACUGAAGUAAACUAAAUCCAAAUUAAACACGCGAAUGACACAUUUCUAUAAUUUCAACAGACACAGAUACGAUAGUUAAAAUAUCUAUGGAUACUAUAAAAUAUAUUAAUAAAAAUUAAAAAGUCAUGUCGAUUACAGGCUUGAUAACGUGUUUAAUAUA